ACACACAUUUGAAUAGAAGCCUGGAAAGGACUGGAAGGACUUGGGAUUGAAAUAGAGUCUCUUUGUCUUGAAUCAGAUUUUACAACCAGUUACAAUGGGGAUCCAGUGGCGAAGAAUUGGUGAGGAUCUGAAAGAGAAGAUUCCAUUUCAGUCAAGCAGGGUUAUAUGUAUUAGCCUCUUGCUUUCCUUCAGCACCUGUUACCUCGGAGCACAUUUCACUGGGCAGCUGCCUGACAUUUUCUGAAGCCACCCUGGCCAUGGGUUCCUGUUUCACUAGCGGUGAUUUUCAAGUCUCAACCCUUGCCGUGGCCACUAUCGGCUGGAUCCUUGCCAUUGCCUCUAUGGGAGGAGCAGAUUGGAGGGUCUGGUAUUUGGAGGAGGACAACGCGCCCGUCAUCUCCCACGGCAUUGCUUGGGUGGGGUUCUGGAAAGUGUGCUUUUACAGCACCGUCCUGCCGUCUCCUCAUGCAAGGUCUGACAAGAUUUGCCACGCUUACAACACCUACGACGCUUUUAUCCCCCAGGAUUUCCGGGCUGUUCAGAACAUUUUUCUGGUUGCUUGUAUUCUAGGGGCCCUGGGAAAAGUCUCCAUUAUCGUUGCCUUAAGGACUUUUUACAUGGGAGAUGUUCACAAGACAACCUGCAAUCCAUUCACUCUUGGAGGAUUCUUUUAUACAAUGGCUGGGAUCUGCAUCAUAAUUUGCGUAACCUGGAAUUAUUACGCUGUGUUAAGAAACAAGAGUAUAAACUUCCCUUCUACUUUCUCUGUCCCUUCCAGCCCAAGAACACAGGAAAUUGGGACCGCGGUUCCCGUGGCAAUUCUUUCUGCGGUCUUGUUGUUACAAGCUGGGGUUCUUUUCCUGUUCCCUAAAUUUCGCGUGGACUGCCAAGUCCAUCCUCUGCCUCUGGACUCAGGGGAUCAGUUGCUGAAAUAUGAGUUAUGAAAGCUG